CUGAUGUGAAUGGUUUGCAAUAUGCAAAAGAGUAGGUCUUGCAUUGGUUGGGCGCAAGACACAGAACUCCCAUUUGAAGUAGAUGCUCUACUUUGUACAAUAAGGCGUGUGCUUUUUGCCACCUCUUGUCUGAAGGAGUUACACCCCCUAGCACCUUAAGGCUGCUUUUCACCUUUGGCUACCCCGGGAAAAAGUAUAUUCUUUCUUGAGCUGUGCAUCAAACACUGAAAUAAUUUUCCAUGAAAUCUAUGGAGUCUCUUGAAUUAUCUUGGAGCCUUAUAUACAGAAAAUGUGUAUAUAACUUAUCUGGCUGCCUAUACCCUUUUUGUACUGGUACCUUUACCUUCCUUAAGGUAACUUAUCUCACAAAUCUAGGACAUACACAUAAGCUUUCAAUUCCUAGUGCAUGAGGCUCCAACAUUGGUGUGGUCUGGCAGGCUUGAUGUAGGCAAUGAAUUGAAUCCUUAGCCCUGUGCGUGUAAAGGGAACUUCCUCUGCCACUAGAAACAAUGACAUUGAAUCACAUAUUUAGAAAUGGAUGGACCAGCUGGCCGAGGUGGUGCUGGCCUGGACAUGUUUCUACCAAAUUAUAAAUUGGGAAAAACACUCGGGAUUGGAUCUUUUGGCAAGGUGAAAAUUGCAGAACAUGUGUUGACUGGCCAUAAGGUUGCGAUCAAGAUCCUUAACCGACGCAAGAUAAAGAACAUGGAAAUGGAAGAAAAAGUGAGAAGAGAAAUCAAAAUUUUAAGAUUGUUCAUGCAUCCUCACAUUAUUCGACUUUAUGAAGUCAUAGAAACUCCAACUGACAUAUAUGUUGUCAUGGAGUAUGUGAAGUCUGGAGAGCUUUUCGAUUACAUAGUAGAGAAGGGUAGGUUGCAGGAAGAUGAAGCUCGUAAUUUUUUUCAGCAGAUAAUCUCUGGGGUGGAGUACUGUCACAGGAAUAUGGUGGUUCAUAGAGAUUUGAAGCCUGAGAAUUUACUUUUGGACUCCAAAUGUAAUGUCAAGAUUGCUGAUUUUGGCUUGAGCAACAUCAUGCGUGAUGGUCACUUUCUUAAAACAAGUUGUGGAAGCCCUAACUAUGCAGCUCCUGAGGUUAUCUCUGGGAAAUUGUAUGCUGGACCUGAAGUGGAUGUCUGGAGCUGUGGUGUAAUUUUAUAUGCCCUUCUUUGUGGCACCCUUCCUUUUGAUGAUGAAAAUAUUCCAAAUCUCUUCAAGAAAAUAAAGGGUGGGAUUUACACUCUUCCCAGUCAUCUAUCACCCGGUGCUAGAGAUUUGAUACCAGGGAUGCUUGUGGUUGACCCUAUGAGGAGAAUGACCAUACCUGAGAUCCGUCAACACCCAUGGUUCCAAGCUCGACUUCCACGCUAUUUAGCUGUGCCACCACCAGAUACAAUGCAACAGGCCAAAAAGAUUGAUGAGGAGAUCCUUCAGGAAGUGGUGAAAAUGGGAUUUGACAGGAAUCAAUUGGUUGAAUCUCUUGGGAACAGGAUACAAAAUGAGGGUACUGUGGCAUACUAUUUGUUAUUGGACAACCGAUUUCGUGUUUCCAGUGGCUAUCUUGGAGCUGAGUUUCAAGAGACCAUGGAUUCCGGUUUUAAUCAAAUGCAUUCCAGUGAACUUGCUUCUUCAGUUGUUGGAAACCGCUUUCCAGGCUACAUGGAAUAUCCAGGAGUAGGAUCGAGGCAACAGUUCCCUGUUGAAAGGAAAUGGGCCCUUGGGCUUCAGUCUCGAGCCCAUCCUCGUGAAAUAAUGACUGAGGUUCUUAAAGCUUUGCAAGAAUUAAAUGUUUGUUGGAAGAAGAUUGGUCACUACAACAUGAAGUGUAGGUGGGUUGCUGGCAUUCCUGGUCACCACGAAGGAAUGGUUAACAAUAAUGUGCAUAGUAAUCAUUACUUUGGAGAUGAUUCCAACAUUAUUGAGAAUGAUGCUGUUUCUACUUCAAAUGUGGUCAAGUUUGAAGUGCAGCUUUACAAAACCCGGGAAGAAAAGUAUCUGCUUGAUCUUCAAAGGGUGCAGGGUCCACAGUUUCUUUUCUUGGAUCUAUGUGCUGCUUUCCUUGCACAGCUUCGUGUCCUCUAGAGCGAAGAGCUUAGGCUCACCAGAGACAUAAAUAUGCCUUGUGUUUCAUGUGAAUAAGCUUACAUUGUACAUACAAGUAUCUUUUCGGUCCAAGCUUAUCCUCUGUUUUCUACCCGUUUAUCUGUGGGUAAACAUUAUAAUGAGCCAAUCCCAAGUAUGGGAUUUGCUUCGUUAACAAUGGUGCUCGACUAGGUUUUCCUUUCUCUUGGUGAUUUUAAUUUUAUCAGUGUAAUGAAUUAUAUGGGGAAUGUCUUAAAAGAAUUAGCCCCAACUGACAGUGAUAUAUGUAUGGUUAUCAACCAAAUGCUGUAAACGACUGUUGCCAUUGGAAGGGAUGUCUAGGCUGCUUCUAACUUUUGCAGAUUAGUCUUUGUUGUCCUAUAAAUGUAAUUUCAUAUUACUCGUGUAUGAAUGCUAUGUAACGACUGUGUUCAUCCGACGAGCCAUUUCGUAGAGUGCAACCGUUCCUAUCUCAAUUACUUAACAAAUUUUAGAUUUCCAGGA